AUGUCGCCGCCGCAGGAGGAGCAUCAUGAGCAGGAGAAGCAAGCCGGCAUCAAGGUGGGGUACGACGCGCCGAACGACAAGCUGCUUGAGAUGAUGGCGGGUCUUUCCAUCUACAACCAGCAGUCCGCCGUGGCGCUGCCGCGGCUGUGGGAGGAGGACGACGCGGCGGCGGCGGAUCGCUUCUCACCUGCUUUUCUUGGGCCUCAUCGCGGCAUCAUCGAUCCGCGCGCGUACGCGCCGGCGCCUCCGAUAGCGCAGGAAGCCGGUCCGUCAGCGCCGUCGCAGAUGCAUCCUGAAUCGGUGCGGAUGCCGCUGCCGCUGCCGCUGCCGCCCUGCGACCGUAGCGUGCCCGACGCGCGGGCGCGGCCCUUCGCGGAAGGUCGAUUUCGGCGCAGCAUCGCUCGUGGGCCCCGGAACGAGCCGGCCGUGGGCAUGCUCCCGCCUGGCGCAAUCGCCGCAGCUCGCGGCGCCCACCCUGGCGGCCACGCGUAUAUGGCCAUGGCGCCGCCGCCUUACCUACACGGUGGCACCGCGGCUGUCAACCGCCCCAACUUGUUUCCUGGGAACGAGGAAGCCUUGCUCCUCGCGCUGUCCGAUGAAACCACCGAGAGCAUCGUGUCGUACGCCUGCGACCUCUUAGAGAGCAGACAUGGGCAGCGGCUAUUCCGUCUGGUCCUCAAUCACUGCAGCCAGCAGCUGCGGGAUCGGAUCGUUGCUACGAUCACCCGGGACAGGAAGAGUUUUGGUAGCCUUUGCACUCGGAGGCCAGAUGAAGUAGUUCAUAUAAUCAGUUCCAGUGAAACUCGGAGAUCAAUGCAGCUUCUUGGAGAUGCCAUGCUGCAAUGGAUGACACAUAAUCAGAUGAGGUACCUCCUGUCGGAUUCGAAAAGAUUAAGAGUGCUGCAUGCUUUCAUAGUGAGCUCUCCUCCAGAUAUUGCUCAGUUCAUUUUCGAAGCUGUUGCUCAAAAUUGUACAAGAUUUGCAUAUCAACCAAAUGGACUGGGCCUACUACAAAAUUGCCUAGAGCAUGUCAGCCAGAAGCAAAAGGAUGAUAUUUUUACCCAACUCUCUUAUCAGAGCCUUUUCCUUGCUCAAAAUUCCAGUGGAAACUGGAUUGUUCAGGAUGUUCUGCGGAAGGGAGAUCCCUCUCACAUUGAAAUCAUUGCUUCCUGCCUUAGAAAUCAUUAUGUGACACUCGCGAAAAAUAAGUACAGCAGCAAUGUUGUUGAAUGGUGUUUAAGGGUAUUCCACGAAGGAGAGAGAUCGGUCAUUGUAUAUGAAUUCAUUAGCUAUCCACACUUUAGAGAUCUGGUGACAGAUGAGUUUGCUAAUUUUGCUCUCUCUACUGCUCUUGAAACAUGUGAGGUUCCUCUUCGAAACAUUUUGGCGAAUGCCAUCCUUUUCCCAAAAUAUCAUCGUACGGAAUCAACACUGGAGCGCAAGCCGCGGUUCCCUAAGGGGAAGAAGGCCAAGUACCGCGACGCCGGUGCGGAGGGAGGCCCCUCCGGCAACGCCGUGGACCUCGACAGCAUGCUGAAUCCGGAGCUUGCGGCGGAGCGGCGGGCGCGGCAGCGCCACGGCCAGCUCAAGGAGGGCGACGACGCGAAGGGAGGUGCCACUGACGUCAAGGGCUUCGAAGUCCGCUACAACGAUGGUAUUAACUUUAUUGAUGAUGGUAUCCGGAUAGAGCCGUUUAACUUGGAGCGAGAAAGGGAAGAAGGGUAUUUCGAUGAGAAUGGGAACUUUGUGGAGUAUGCAAGAGGCAAUGAAAUUAAGGAUGCCUGGUUGGACAGUGUGGAAGUUGACCCAACGUAUGCUGCAAAGGUUCAGAACAAAGGCAAAGAGAAAGUUGAAGAGUUUGAGGACCUCUCUUCCGAUGACAUUGGGAGGCUAAAAAGGCAGAUAGCAAACUUGCUUGAACCAGGAGAAACGAUAAUGCAAGCUUUGAAAAGGUUGAAGGGUACAUCCACGGAUAAACAUGGAAAGAUGGCUGAGGGGACUAAACGUAUAUUUGAUGAAUUGACUGAAGCUGCCAUGAAGCUAAUGGAGAAUGGCGACUAUAAUGUUUACUCAGAUGAUCGUGAGACCUUUGAACGCGAGGCAGCUGGGUAUGAACGUUUGGCACGUGCUCGACUUGGUUUGCCAGAAGUUGAUGGUGUCUCUGAAGACCCAAAAUAUAACCAGACACCAUCGUCAGUACUGGAGAUUGACCAACCAUCAUCUGUACUGGAAAUGGAACUUGGUCCCUCAACUGCCAAUAUAUCUACAGCCACUGCUGCAAUCAACGAUGAUGACAGUAACCUGGACAUGUUUGGUGAUGAUGACAACGAUGAUGCCAAUACUGUAGGUUCAGGUUUGAAUCCUGGAACCUCAGAUGUGAAGAAAGCCGAUAAUGGAAGCGUGGACUCAGACUAUGUCUAUGAUCCUUCUUCAGGUUACUACUAUAUCAGCAGCACAGGCUAUUACUAUGACCCUAACUCUGGAUAUUAUGGUUCUGCAUCUACGGGAACCUGGUAUUCAUACGAUGAGCAAACUGGAACAUACAAAGAAAUUCAGGAUGAACAAACUGGCACGGCCAAAGAAGAGCUAGGAGACGCCAUCAAGGAGUAA